AUGUCUAUCUCGGAUAUCAGAAUUGUGUGCAUAUUGGUGCUGUGGAUUAUUGGUGUGCAGUCAGCACGCGACGCUUUGGUGAAUGCACGGGGAGAGUUCCUGCCACAUAUACGCCUUGCUAAGGAUCUCAUGGAUAAAAGAAGGUACGACUCCCGUGUACGCCCGGUUAUGAAUCACUCCAGACCGACAACGGUUUCAUUUUCGAUGAGUCUCUACCAAAUACUAGCAAUUAACGAAAAACAACAAAAUGUCGACUUGAACGUGUGGGUAAUCCAAAAGUGGAAAGAUGACUUUCUUGGAUGGAAUCCAUACCUUUACGGAAUGAUGAACACCACCAUACUUCCAUACGAUGCUAUAUGGCUGCCUGAUACAUACCUUUAUAACAGUGUAGUUAUGAAUCGCGAGGAAACCGAGCGAUAUAUAAACGUUGUGGUGACCACAAAUUUCUGGAAAGGUGAGCGAGGAGCGGAAAUCAAGUUCAUGUAUCCUGCACUCUAUCGUACGAGUUGCAUGCUUGAUAUAAGGUUUUUUCCGUACGAUCAACAAGAGUGCAAGCUGACCAUCUCCUCUUGGACAUCUUCCAAGAGCGAUAUCGAUUACGAGGCAGAGUUUGACAGUGUGAAUCUCGACAAUUUUAUUCCCAACGAGGAAUGGGUGGUGGUCAGCUUCAAAAUCAAUCGUGUCGAGGAGAAAUUCGUUUGCUGUCCAGAACCAUGGGUGUUGCUUGAAGCAGUUCUCGUUGUUCGAAGAAAACCUUUAUACUACAUUGUUAACCUAGUGAUACCAACAUCUGUAAUUACAAUGGUUGCAGUUACUGGUUUCUUCACAGCAGCUUCAACCAGUUCGGAAAGACGUGAAAAACUUUCACUUGGUAUCGAUUCAUUAUUGGCGAUGUCCAUUUUGAUGAUGAUGGUUUCUGAACAGAUGCCAACCACAAGCGAUUAUGUUCCACUUUUUGGUCUCUUCUAUCUCACCAUCAUAAUCGUUAUUUUUAUUGGUACACUAUUCACAGCGUUUAUACUCAAUAUUCAUCUCCAAAAAAUGUAUGCUCGACCUGUUUCACCACUUAUAUCUUUUAUUUUCUUCAAUAAGGUCGCUUCAUGGUUGCGCAUGUCUCCUCCUACAAUGUUACUAGAGUUAUGGGAGGAGACUGGAGUUCAUUUUGGUCGUUCGAAGAGAAAUAAUAAGUCACCAAAAUCAUCGAAGGCGAUUAACGUUCCGUCAAGCAGCUCGACGCACGAAUUCCUACUAAAAUCUCCUUCUGCGACAGCGUUUGAAUUCUCCUCACCUCAGAGAUCGCUGAUUCCUAAAACCCCAGAAGAAGCCGCUCUAUUGCGGAGCCAAAAAGCUCGGAAUAAUUGGAAAAGGCUGGCGAAGAAAGCAAGUGAGAAGGGAAGGAGGGAGAAAAUGAGCGGGAACGGUGACGCUCGACCUUCCCUCCAACCACGACCUUCGUUUCAAAGGGAUGGAGAGCCCGCUCCCCUGAUGCAAUGUCUGUCAGCACUUAGUACAACAGAAAAUAGUCUGCUUGAUAGCAAACUUAAAAGGAGGUACGCUCUGGAAUGGGAAUAUCUUGCCACUGUACUGGACAGACUAUUACUUAUUGUAUUUUCUUUGGUGGUUUUUCUUGUCACCUUCCUUAUGAUAUUGAUUGGAGAAGCAAUGCAUCUUUCUUAUGAACUUUCUUCUGAGUCAGUCAUUUCGUCGAAUCCGUGA